AUGUGGCCGCGCGUCGCCGCGCUGCUCCUGGCGGCCGCCGACGCCCGGGUCUGCUGCCCCUGCUGCGGCGCCUGGGAGUCGGAGGCGGCCAUGCGCUACGUUCGCCUGUCGGACACCGACGUCGCCUGGGCGCCGCGGGGCGGCGACACCUGCGCCUUCCCGCCCGUCACCGCGGCGCGGCUCUGCGCGGCCGUCGGCGCCAACGGCACGCUCUCGAUAAUCGGCGAUUCGCUCGCGGUCAGCCAGCUCCACGCGCUCGCCCGGAGCGCUACGGACAUCCCCCUCGGCCCCCGCGACGACGGCUUCGACGUCCCCUGCGGCAACUCGGCGCUGCGCGUGCGCAUGGUUCGCGCGAACAUGCUCCAGGCCGACUCGGGCUGGGUGAGCGCCGCGUGCGGCAGCGACGUCGUCUUCCUCAACAGCGGCGCGCACUGGGGCCGCCACGAGGCCCGCGUGCGCAACUACCGGCCGUCCCUCGAGCGCGCUUUAGCCGACCUCGACGCGGCCUGCGGCGGCGACUUCCGCGACGGCCGGCGACAACUGCUCUUCCGGUCGACGCCCGAGGGCAACCCAUUCUGCCACGCGGGCCUCGACUUUGCGACGACGGCGGCCUGGGAGGCGACGGUCGGCUGCGUCCUCGACGGCCGCUGCGACCCGGGGAACUUUACCAAAACGCCCGUCGUCUUCGACGUCGCCUGGGGCUGGCGCCACUUCUCGCGCCUCGACGCGGACGCGCGCGGCGCCGUGGAGUCGUCGGGCCUCGGCAGCUUCCACGACGUCACGCCCCUGACGCGCCUGCGGCCGCGGCGCGGCGCGCCGGACCGCCAGCGGCCCGGGGACUGCCUCCACGACGACCCGGCGACGGGCGACUGGAACGCGAUGCUCGUCAACGCGCUCCUCGACCCCUGCGCGUAA